AUGUAUAUGGAUUACAUUAAAAACUUGAAAGUGCUUCUUUUAUUCAUCGCAUAUACUUGCGCGUCACCGACGUUUAGGAAGAAAGGUGGUCAGACCCAUCCUGUGUAUGUUCAACAACAGCCUACAUAUGUUGAAGCGGCACCUGUACAUCCUGCACCCCAAGUUGUUUACCAGCCAGUACCAGCACAGCCUCCUCCAAGACAGAUCAUAGUACACCCUAUACAAGUACAACCUGUGCAUCCACCACCAAUGCCAAUACAACCUGUGCAUCCUCCACCAAUGCCAAUACAACCACCUCCAAAACAAAUUAUCAUACAACCAAUAAGAGUUCAACCUGUUCGACCCCCACCAACCCAAAUUAUUAUACAACCAGUUAGAGUACAACCAGCACAUCCACCUCCAAGACCUGUUCAUCCACCACCAAGACCAGUACAUCCACCACCUAGGCCAGUGCAUCCACCACCACAACCAGUCCAUCCACAACCACAACCGGUCCAUCCUCAGCCAGUUAUUGUAAAACCGAUUAUUUUAAAACCUGUAUUUGUUAAACCUGGAAAGCAUCACCAUUAA